AAUUCCAUAAAAUCAAGACCCGACACUGCUUCGCGUUUCCAUCGACUGGCCGAGAAUGAGACUCAUUCUUGGUACCACCACCACCACCACCACCACCACCACCUCAUCCUCCAUUGUCGCACCGCCGCCGCACCAAGCCCACCACGGCCGCCGCAUCAGGCCAAAAGCCAAACCCAAACCUAAUCCCAAGUCCAAGUACUCCAUUACCGAGCACUCUCCCUCCAAUAAUACUCCUCCACCACCAUCCACCGUCCAUUCUUCUCACGCGCCUCUUCUCUCUAGCGUCAGGUUGGACUUCACUUCCCAGCACAAGUAUUAUGCUGACUUGGCAUCCAAGCUGGCGGAGGAUGGGAGAUUUGAGGAGUUUGCUAUGAUUGUGGAGAGUGUUGUUUCGAGUGGCAGUGGCUCAAAGUUUGUUUCUUUGUUGAGUUUUGAGUUGGUCUCUCGUGGGAUUAUGAGGAGCCUUUUAGAAGGGAGAAUUCAUUGUGUCGCUGAGGUUUUCAAGAAAGUGGAGAAGCUCGGUGUUGCUCCAUUGAGGCUGUUUGAUGGAAAUUCUUUCCAUUUUCUUAAAAAAGAGUGUGAAAAAAUGGUGGAGUGUGGUGAAGUGGAGAAAUUUGUUGACUUAAUUGACACUCUUGCAGGGUUUCGAUUUCCUAUCAAAGAACUGGGGGACUCAUCCCGUGUUGUAAAGUUUUGUGUUGAUAAACGUGACACAAAUUUGGCAAUAAGGUAUGCAAGCAUGCUUCCACAUGCACAUAUUUUGUUCUGUACCAUUAUCUGUGAAUUUGGAAAGCAAAGGGAUUUGAUUUCUGCUUUGACAGUAUAUGAAGCAUCCAAGAAAAACUUGAUUGGUCCUAAUAUGUAUAUAUGUCGAACAAUCAUUGAUAUUUGUGGUCUCUGUGGUGACGACAUGCAAUCUAGGAAUAUUUAUGAGGAGUUAUUAAGUCAGAAGAUUGCCCUGAAUAUAUAUGUGUUCAACAGUGUCAUGAAUGUGAAUGCCCAUGAUCUGAAUUUCUCAUUACAGGUUUACAAGAAUAUGAAAGAGUUUGGCAUCGUGGCAGAUAUGACAUCUUACAAUAUCCUCUUGAAGGCUUGUUGUAUUGCUGGAAGGGUUGAAUUGGCACAAGAAAUAUAUAGGGAAGUAAAGCAUUUGGAAUCGAAAGGAGUGCUGAAGUUGGAUGUCUUCACUUAUAGCACAAUAGUAAAGGUUUUUGCAGAUGCAAAAUUGUGGCAAAUGGCAUUAGAAAUUAAAGAAGACAUGCUAUCUGCUGGUGUUACUCCUAAUACAGUUACAUGGUCGUCAUUGAUUAAUGCUUGUGCCAAUGCUGGUCUUGUAGAGCAGGCACUUCAUUUAUUUGAUGAUAUGCUUCUGGCUGGCUGUGAACCAAAUUCACAGUGUUGCAACAUCCUUUUACAAGCUUGUGUUGAGGCUUGCCAGUAUGACAGAGCUUUUCGUCUCUUCUAUUCCUGGAAACAAAGUUUGGUUCAGGAGACUUUUUGUGAAGAUUGCAAUGGCAAUAGCAAUUUAAGUACAGAGUCAAAACAGAAUCAUUUUGUUAGUGGUACACACAGUUUUGUAUCUAAGCCACAUCAUUUAAGCUUUGCCAAGAGGUUUCCUUUUAGACCCACAACUACGACAUACAAUAUUAUGAUGAAGGCCUGUGGUACUGAUUAUUAUCGUGCUAAAGCUCUGAUGGAUGAGAUGAGAACAGCGGAUCUGUCCCCUAAUCAUAUAAGCUGGUCAAUUUUGAUUGAUACUUGUGGAGGAUUGGGCAACGUAGAAGGUGCUGUCCAGAUUCUGAAUAGUAUGCGUGAGGCUGGAAUCAAUCCUGAUGUUGUCGCAUAUACCACAGCUAUCAAGGUUUGUGUGAAAAAUAAAAAUUUUAAGUUGGCGUUUUCAUUAUUUACCGAAAUGAAACAGUAUCAGAUACAGCCGAAUUUGGUGACGUAUAAUACACUUUUAAGGGCCCGAAGUAGAUAUGGUUCCUUACAUGAAGUGCAACAAUGUCUGGCUGUAUAUCAGGAUAUGCGGAAAGCAGGGUUCAAAUCCAAUGAUCACUACCUCAAGGAAUUGAUUGAGGAGUGGUGUGAAGGAGUGAUACAACAUAACAAUCAGAGCCAAAAAGGCCUCACUUCAAGCAAAGGAACCAACUUAAGACCCCAGAGCCUGUUGCUUGAAAAAGUAGCAGAACACUUACAAAAGUGCACCACGGACAAACUAACAGUUGAUCUACGUGGUCUAACAAAGAUUGAAGCCCGGAUUGUCGUUCUUGCAGUUCUAAGGAUGAUCAACGAGAACCAUUCACUAGGGAUUCCCGUCAAAGAUGACAUGUUGAUCAUCUUAGGACCCAAUAAGGUAGGUGUAAAUCCAGCCAAGAAUGAGGACUUCGAGGUGAAAGAUGCAAUAACUGAACUUCUGCAGAGUGAUCUGGGCAUCAACGUCUCGCUGGAUAGACCUACAAUUGCACUUGAUAAUCCUCUUGAUUCAGAUCCUACAUCGGAAGAAAUCCUAGGAAGAUUACACAUGAAAUUCAGAUCUUCAACUAGGAGACCUGCAAUUCUACAAAGGUUGAAGGUGACAAAGAAAUCAUUGCAGUGUUGGUUGCAGAGGAGAACAGGUGCCUCUACAAGGUAACUAUGUUGCAUGUACAAAUGCCAAAUUUGUGUAAAAUUUUUUAGCCAAUUUUCUACAAGUUCUAUUCAAUUUUACUGUAAUUUCUUCAGAUGAAUAUAACUAAAUAAUCCUGUCUACUGAUGAAUCUGCCAUGAGACAUAAGUUAAUGUCAAAUGUAAUGUAAGUAGUAGCCGUAGAGCAUAAUAAGAUAAGUUCUUUCCAUUUGUUCA